AGGGGAGAAACUUUUCUAUGCCGGGUUAAUUUUGUAAACAAACAAUCACGUGCAUUUUAAUAGUCAUGUGACUAUCUUUACUAAAACAGACAAAUUUACAAAAGAAUAGUGCCCUCAUGAGUCAGAAUUGUUUCUCCUGUGCAUGGUGUGGAUAUUGGCAUUCUCACAGCUUAAUGUGUGUGCUGUGUUCAAAAGUCUAAGCUAUGACUGAAGUACUCUUUAAAGUUAUCAUCAUUGGUGAUCCCACAGUUGGAAAAACAUCUUUUGUGCAGAAAUAUGUCAAUGAUUCUUUUCGACGUGACUACAAAAUGACUAUUGGUGUUGAUUUUGCAUUAAAAGUAAUAAAGUGGUCAGACAAGUGUAACAUAAAACUUCAACUGUGGGAUAUUGCUGGUCAAGAACGAUUUACUUCCAUGACCAGGGUAUACUAUAAAGAUGCACAUGCUUGCUUGGUUAUGUGUGACCUCACUCAAAAGAACACUUUCCAAAACUCAGUCAAAUGGAAAAAAGACUUGGAUCUGAAAUGUACAUUGGUGGAUGGCUCUCCUGUCCCAUGCCUGUUACUAGCUAAUAAGUCAGAUAUUAGUGAUCAUCGAGAGGUGACACAAGAUGAAAUAGAAGAAUUAUGCAGGGAGCAUGAUUUCAUUGGCUGGAGCGAAACUUCAGUAAAAGAUGGCAGUAUGAUUGAAGAAUCAAUGAAUUUCCUUAUAGAAGAAAUGAUGGCUAAGCAUGCAGAACUAGAAGGUUUCUCUGAAUCAUUCCCAUCAUCUGAUUCCAAUUUAAAACUAGGAAAAGAUGACGGAACAGCCUCAAAUUCAUCAAAAUGCCCAUGCACUUUGACAUGACACUACAUUUAUAUAUAUACAUACGGGUCAAAAUUUUGUAGAGGCCUAAAAUAUCUAGAUAAGCUCAAUAAUAUCAGUUAUAUGAUAAUGUUUAAAUGGUUUUUUAUUCAAGUAAGACAACCAUCCACACAUACAUCUUAAAAAUGUUACAACUUACUUUUAGAACAUUUUACUUAUGCAUUGCUUGGUGUGGCAUGCUAGUUUUUAUUUGGGUUUAUUAUUUUCUAGCAUAUGACUGCAACUGUAAUGUGAGAUUGGUUUUCUUUAUACUUUGGAUUUUAUCAUGAUGGGGUGUGGGUCUAGGUCAUUGUUCAGAUUAUAAAUGUAAUUAAAUAGAUGCAUUUAUGUUACUUUUACGCAUGGUUACUACACUUUUGAUUUUUAUUAUACAGGGGAUGAUUCUACAAAUGUUAUUUUUGUUUUAUGUUAUGUGAAUUUCAAAAGUGCCAUUAAGCUUCAAGUCAGUCCAUGUAAAGCUUAUUUAUACCUCCUUUUUUUUACAUUGUGAAAAUGAGAUCAACGGUUAACAAAAAAUUGUUGUAUCUUUUUUAUGUGCCAAUUUUAUUAGUAGUGAAUCACAUAAGAUAAUGUAAUUUCCUUUCAAUCUCCAGUAUUUGCUACUUUUAUCAUCAUGUUGGAAACAUUUAAGUGUAUUUUUUUCCAUUGCAAAGCUCUAAUAACUUUUGUUUAAUCAAAACAC